AAGCAGCAGCCAUAUUUGCUAAAACGUCUGUCUUAUCUUCAAAAUGACAGAGAAAACAGAAUUGCCUUCAACAAUAAUUCGCAGUUCAUGGUGAUUGAUUUAGGAGGAGGGACGGUUGACAUAACUGUACAUAAAGUUAAUCAAGAUGGCAAAUUGCACGAGGUUUAUCCACCAAGUGGAGGACCUUGGGGUGGAACUCUUGUUGACGAACAUAUCUACAAUUUUCUGGAAGACAUUUUUGGGCGGACUGUUCUUGAAAUAUUAAAACAAGAGAGUUGUACAGAGAUGUUGGAUAUGGUAAGGACACUUGAGCUAAAGAAAAGACAGUUUAAAAGUACCAGUGAUGAUGAGGGGAAAGUAAAUUUGACAUUGCCAAGUUCUUUGUUUGAGAUUUAUCAAGAAGAGAAUAAGACUGAAGAUAUCACAGACAAACUAAAAAGAAUGUAUCCAAAAAAUGAAGUCACGAAGAAAAGAGGCAGGUUGAUCAUCGAUGAAGAAAUCUUCAGUAAUAUGUUUGAAGAGUCAAUUGAAAGUCUAACAGACAACAUAAAAGCAAUAUUUGCUAGACCCGACAUGGAAAGUAUUAACACGCUGGUUUUGGUUGGGGGAUACUCCGAAUGUGAAAUACUGAAAACAACGAUUAGGGAGACCUUCAGAGAUAAACGAGUGAUUAUUCCGGAGGAGGCGGCAACAGCAGUUGUUAAGGGUGCUGUGCUAUUUGGACACGAUCAAAGAGUAAUUGAUUCCAGACGGUCACCCUGUACAUAUGGUGUAAGCAUAGCUGUCCCCUUUGAUCCUCAGAGACACCCACCUAUGCACAAAUACAAAGACAUGUGUGAAGAUGUCUUCAAAGUAUUUAUACAAAUAGGAGAGAAAAUUAAACCGGGCAUAACACAGAGAACUCAUUCGUUCAACACAUCCGAAUCAAGUAUAUAUGUUGAAAUAUAUAAAUCAAUAUUGGAAGAACCUGCAUUCAUAACAGAUACAGGCUGCGAAAAGCUCGGAGUAAUUGAUUUACGUCAGCUUCCUGGACGAGCAACUCGUGUAGACAUAAUCAUGAAAUUUGGAGAUACGGAAUUACAUGUGGAAGCAAAAGAGCAUGGGACAGAAAACAAAGUGGGAGCACAAUUUAACUUUUUGCGUUGAAAAUUGAAAACUAUGACAGGAUAAUUAAGACAUUUCAUUCAAAACUUCAUGUACGUUUGCACACACUGAAAACUUUCUGUCACAUAAACAAAUGUUUAAGUUUGGUUAUUUAGCACUUUACCAGUUAAAGAUCCUGUAACAUAAUUUUUUAUGGUUUUAUAUCAUAAAUAUGAUGCUCAAAUUAAGAUUUAUCAAUUUUGUAAGUUCCAAAAAUCAUUAUUUAUAAAGAUAUUACCGAAUUUAACAAUUCAUGUAAAUAAAGGGAGGUAAUAAAUUUUUUAUUUUCUAGAAAGACUAAGUCUUAGUCAAAUUUUUCAAUAAGAAAUGAAUACAUAUAUUUUAAUGGUUACAUAUAAUAUGUACAAAUAUUUGCAGUACAUAUUUUCCAUAUUCUUCGAUGUUUGAAAAUUGUUUUAUAAGCAUAAUUAUAUGCAUAUAUAUAAUUUCACUUAAGCGUGGUAUACAACCUCAAUUACAACCGACAGGAUCUUUAAAGUUUUGAUAUCAAAAUAUAUAAAUAGUCUAUUGUAUUCGAGAUGAAUGUAUACUUCUUUGUCUUUCUCAAACACAAGAAACAACUUAAUCUUAUACUGUAUUUAAAAAAUGUUUAUUGGUCCAUUAAACGUCAUUUUUUUUAUUUCUCAAAGCUUUUUAUUUUGUUAUCAUGUCACAAAUUCAUACGAAAUCAUAGGCCAUAAAGCUGCACCACCUUUUGCUUCCUUUUGUUCUAUAGCAAUUUGUAAAGCAUUCUAUUGUAUUGUUAUAUUUUAUAAGGUAGUCAAAACACAACUUUAUUUUUGCUACAUAUUAAUUUACAUUAAACGGUACUGUCUUAAAUCAAAUAGCUUGCAUGAAAUCCAUUUCUAAAACCUUAUUUACCUCAUCUUUGUCUCUUCUGAAUAAGAAAAUAUUAUUCAUUUCCGACGUAUAAUGUGCCUCUUAAAACGGGUCUGCAACAAAAUAGUUAAAAGAUAUGUGGUGUCUCUUUAUUUGAGCGAGGAUUCUUCUAGCAGAUAACUCGGAUAUAUAGAAGCGGGGCAGACAUAGUACGCGCAUAGUAUGCCAUUUAAAAAAAAAACACUUGAUUGGAUCUUACAUGCUGAAGGCUAUUUCUUAAAAAGAUAAGUUGUAUGCAGUAUGUAGUUCUGCGAAGAAUAACGUUUACACAAUAAUGCACUUUAACGCUUACCAAUGAUUAAGUAAGAAACUGCGCUCUUAUUUAAACAAUUAAUCCAAAGUUUGAUUCGAACUUAUAGCGGUGAUAGACCUUUGGAAUAUUUAUUCUAUACCAACAUUCAUAGAUAGAUAUAGAUAGAUAGAUAGGUAGGUAGGUAGGUAGGUAGGUAUAGGUAGGUAGGUAGGUAGGUAGGUAGGUAGAUCGAUCGAUCGAUCGAUCUACUUGACCUCUUAUUUCCUGUUUGAAUUGAUAUUCAUCAUUCAAAUUUAAAAAUUUGUUUUUACUUGGAUCCUCAUAUGCUCAAUUUUGAAAUGUCUUUCAAUUUUUAGAUUUUAUUUGAGCAUUUUCUGUAUUAUAUUUAAAUUUGUGUUUCCCCAUUUAUCUUCCUAUGUCACGCAAUGAUAUAUCUUAAGGGUCACGAUUGAAAUAAGUUUGUUUUUGUUAUUCUUUAUACAUUAUAUGAUAUUGUUCGUGAUGGCUUUUUAUCUAUUCCAAAUCUUGUAUCUGUUGUUUUUUGUGUAUGUUUUAUGAUGUGCCAUGUUAUUCCUUUGUAUAUUGAAAUAAAUUUAUCUAUGUUUCAGA